GUCAGCUACGGUAUGAAGGCUCUGGUGAACUUUUGUCUUGGCAUGUUGAAGGUCAUGAAGGGAAAAGGGUCAUUUGCUCAGAUCUUUAAGGAUGCUUUCUUUGGUGCGGAUGCAUUGCGUUUCGGAUCCUUCUUUGGCGUGUUCUCUUUCUUGUGGAAGUUUGUCAACAAUGGCUUGAAGCUCCACCGUGGCAAGGAUGACCGUAUCAAUGGUGCCAUCGCUGGCGCAAUUGCUGGUCUGGCAAUUCUAAUUGAGAACCAUGAACGCAGAGUCACGUUUGCUCAACAAAUGCUUAUUCGUGCGGGUCAGGGAGUAUACAAUGCUGGAAAACAUCGUGGAGUCUUUUCCUUCCGUCAUGGUGACGCUGUCCUCUUUGCGCUUGCCUGUGGCCAAGUCAUGUAUGCCUAUACUAUGCAACCCGAGUCUAUUCCUCCAGAGUAUCUCAAGUUCAUGCUCAAUACAGCCAGAGUACCAGCAGAGGCGUUAGCGUUCAACCGUGCACGUGUCCGUGGAUUUCCAGUAGAUGUGAGCCAAGUGGCGGCUCUGGUUCGGCGUCAUAAACCAACACCCAAGGCUUUGGAGACAGUGUCAAAAUUGGAUGCAUUCACAGAUAUGAUCCCAUGUGCAGUCUUGCAUCCUUCGUAUGAUUCGUGCACAUACAAUAACGCAGAAAGAUUUGUGCAAGUCACCAAGAACAUUUUGCCAGUCUAUGCCACACUCAACUUUGUUCCAUUGUUAGUCCUCAGGAUGAAGAGACUUUUGGCAAAUCCCGUCAGCGUUCUCUCCAGAACAUCAUUCAAUACGCUCCGCUCAUCCAUUUUCUUAGCAGUCUUUGUAGUCGUGUAUCAGUCUCAGAUCUGUGCACAGCGCAACCUAGUAAAGCAUGGAUGGUUGAAGGGCAAUAACAAAUACCUGUAUUGGCUCUUUGGCGUGACCUGUUCUGGAUCUGCCAUCAUGGUAGAGCAGGAGAGUCGCCGUGCUGAACUGGCCAUGUAUGUGUUGCCCAAGGCAGCUGAGAGCCUAUACAAGAUUUUGUAUCAAAAGAACUGGGUCAAGGGUGUAAAGCAUUGGGAAGUUAUGAUGUUCUCCUUUGCAAUGUCCUUAAUUAUGGUAAGCAUCGAUACAAAAAAAAAAAAAAAAAAAAAAAAAAAAUGA